AUGGCUCCCACUGCGACUGAGCAACUUUUGCCCGAACUUGAAACUCUUCUCGUCGACCUGUAUGAUGCCUUAGAUGAUCUGGAAAAUUACAGUCAUGCUACACGACUCACUGCUGGUGCCGGCACAAGUACCGCUGUUGUUUUUGAAGCUGAAUUAUUGCGCGACAAAAUCGAGAUAUUCUUAACUAGAACAGAAGAACAUAUGGCGGAUCGUCUUCUCACGAGGACCUGGCGGAACUUCUGGGGAAAGACUCCGGUACAAGUCAAACGUCCCGGAGAGAUUUCUGAGUUUAGAGCAAUGAAAAUGCCGUUGACACGACUUGUUGAUGGCAUGAAAAAAAUUUCGUCCAAAUAUCUUAAAGGCUCCCGUCCAAACAUUUUACGCCAACACAGUUGGAUAUUUGUUGACGAGCUUAUCGACCCACCACAAUUGAGACGUAAUACAAUCCUCACUCAAAUGAAACGCCAUUUAUGGGUGUCCGAUCGUCACAAUCAAGAAUUCACACGGCAUAGUCCUUCGCCGCCGCUGAGAAUUCACGCAAAUGUAGAUUCGGAAGACUCUGAAUUAUCGAUGGAUAGUAGCAGCGAAACAGGGAGCUCAACAACGAGCAACUCAGCGGAGGAAACACGCGUCUUAGAUACAUCAUCAGACGAAGACAAGCAUGGAGAAAACCGAUUGUAUAUGCCCGGUGUGCAGCGGAAACUGAUUGAUCCUGCCUGGAUUGAUAUUGAGAUGUUGGGACAUUGGCUUCGAACCUGUGACUCUGAGCACGGUGAAAUGUGCAGUCGACCUCUGGGGGUUGAUUCGUCGACCCUUGCACGGCCUGCUCUUCUCAUAGAUGUUAAAAAAAAAUGCUUGACAUGGACUGAGUCUAGUUUCCGCUAUGCAUGUCUAAGCUACGUUUGGGGGGGUUCCGCAACUCUCAAGACAGUGAAGGAUAAUCUACAAUGUCUUCUGGAGCUGAACUCCUUGAAAGAUCGUCAAGACGAAAUUCCAAGGACAAUAAGAGAUACUAUUGGACUUGUGGAGCAGCUCAACAUUCAGUACCUUUGGGUCGACGCUCUGUGUGUUGUACAAGAUGAUGUAGAAUCCAAACAUACUCAGAUCCAGGCGAUGGCCGGAAUAUACGCGAAUGCUUAUUUGACAAUCGUCGCAGCAAGUGGUUGGGAUGCUGAUCAUGGUUUGCGUGGAAUACAAGGUGUUACGGAACCACGUCAAGUGUCUUCCUUCUCGAAGGGUGAUUUUCAAGAGAAUCUUCAGCCUUUUGACAGCAUAUGGUAUUCUAGAGGAUGGACCUUCCAGGAAUUAGCUUUAUCUCCUCGAAAGCUUAUGUUCCAAUACAAAGUAGCCAUCUGGGAGUGCAAUAAGUCUGCUUGGAAUGAAGCUUCGCUAUUAGCCAACCAGGCUAGGCACUCAGGUUCACACAUAGCUCAAUCUAGAAUAAGUCCUUGGAAACCUAUGUCCCUGACAGAAUUUCCGGACAUUGCUCUCUAUAUUCGGCUUGUAUCUCGUUACGUAACCAGGAAACUGACCUACCCCUCUGACGGGUUGCACGCUAUCACGGGCCUUUUGUCACUGCUCAGUUCAUCAUUUCCAGGUAGAUUCAUCAGUGGUUUACCAGAAAUGUUUUUUGAUGCGGCUCUACUCUGGCAGCCUGAAGAAGUUAUGCAACGACGUCGUGCGCCAUCACUGGUUGAAAGUCCGCCCAGCUGGUCGUGGGUAGCUUGGGAGGGGAAGAUAGACAAUUCCGCGUGGCUCCGUCACUUCGUCCACCGGGAAAUACAUUUGAAUUUUAACGAAGAUCGGAAGCAAGGCCGGGAUCUCUUGAGGGCUACCCAAGUUCUUCCACUAGUACAAUGGUACGCUGGUGAUACACUCGAAAACGCAACCCGAAUAAAGACUGCUCCUUGUUCAUGGGAGAAGUUUGAUGCGUUUCCGAAGGGCAUGGAUCUGCCCGGCUAUCUGCACUGGAAAAAGUAUUUCAACAACAAUUACGUCUAUAAGGAAACUAAAGUAGGGAAUACAUCGACGUCAGUGGGCUGUAGCACUUAUCCACUUCCCUUAUCCGAAAGUGAGACAGAACCACCUAUAUCUGCGCGAUACCUUUUUGGCCACGUCAAGAGGUGUUUGCUCAAGGUCGGUCGAAAAUUGGGUGCCACAGAUCAUUUACUUCCUCAUUAUAUGACAGUCGCGUUAAAUAAUGGCAAGGGUGAAAGAUGUGGCGCAUUGAACCUGCUACUUAGUCCAGACGACAUUGGAGGCGAUCUCGCUGGAAAGACCUUUGAGAUGGUAGCGAUAUCAAGAGGCGAGCUCUUGUGUCCUAAAAGGUUGGACCCAGAAGAUUGGGAAAUGCGGUCUCGGGAAUUGCUUGAUUGGGGUAACUUUCGUGAAGCUAAGUCCUGGGAACACGACCGACUUACUUCGUACGAAAAGGCUCGACGCUUCACGAUUAUUGAGUUUUAUUAUGUUCUCUGGAUCGAGUGGGAAGAUGGCAUAGCCUACCGAAAAGGACUAGGCCGUGUUCUAAAGGAAGCUUGGGAUGGAGAGGGUGGGGAUGAGAUUGAUCUAGUUCUUGGUUGA